AUGCUCAGAGGAAAUCAAGAAGACCCUGGAGAAAUCCCAGUGAUAAACGAGGAGUCCGAGAGCUUCUUCUCGGGAGGUUUUUCGGACGAGAACAAUGACAACUACCAACCAAACCUAGGGUUUAUCCCAAAUUAUAGGUACAAUACGACUGACCCUUCUAUAACCGCUUCCCUUACGACUCUUGUUACAAAUGGGAUUGAACGGGAUACAAUGCUCCAGUCAAUAAUGUCACAAGUCACAGCAUUGACAGAACAAGUUGUGUCCUUACGAAAAGAGGUCUCCUUGAAGAAAAAGUCAAAAUUGAAGAAGAUGGGAGGAUGGAUGAAAAAAUCUGUCACGAACUUGUUCAAGGGUUGA